AUGACGACUCGCAAACAUACAGAAAUUCUAGAUCUUCAUUCCAGCGAUGAUGAGGCCAACGACCGUGGCUACGAUUCCGAGGAAAAUGUGUCGAAGAGUAAAGGACGCGCAGUGAAGCGGCGGAGGACCGCAGACACAGCACAGGACUUCUUCGGUCUUUCCAAUGACGACGACUCCGAAGACGAGGAAGUGCAGGACCAGGUCACUAAAGCCGGUAUCAAGGGCAAGGGUCGCAAAGUACCGAAGUCGGACGACAAUGAUGAGGACGAGGAUGAAGACGAAGGUCUAGAUGCAGAUGGUGGCGCAUACUUGGACGUGACAAAAACCGCCAAACCCAGCACCAAAGAAAAGAAGACGACCAAGAAAUCCGGGAAAAAGCUGAAGCCAGGAGUUGUUUAUUUCUCCUCACUGCCUCCUUACCUCAAACCGAAAGCGCUGGUCAGCCUGUUGGAAAAGCGAAGUUUCGGUCCAAUUACGAAGGUCUUCCUAUCACCUCAUGUCCCUGGGAGCUCAGCCCCACGGAAACGCAAUAAUAAACGACAACUAUUCACCGAUGGCUGGGUUCAAUUUGCCUCCAAACGCACUGCCAAGAUUGCGGCCGAAACUCUGAAUGCGACCACGAUCAACGGACCCAAGCGCGGCUAUUAUCGCGACGAUUUAUGGAAUAUGAAGUACCUAAAAGGUUAUAGCUGGGACGAUUUGACGGAACAAAUCCGGAGGGAGACUGCAGAGAGGACCCAUCGCAUGCGCAUCGAAGAUGAGCGAAGUCGAAAGGAGGAGAAGGUCUUCUUGGCCGGUGUCGAGGCUGGCCGUGUUGCAGAUGGAAUUGCUAAGAAGAACGAAGAGAAGCGGAAGCGUAAGGCUGAGGCGGGCGCGGAAGAUACGUUGGAGCCGAAGCUGCCUGCCCCGUUGCGGAGGCGCUUCGUGCAGAACGAAGUUGUCGCUGCGAAGAAGGAAGGGGGCAUUGUCGGAGAGGAUGCAAAGAGGGUGCUUGGGAAGAUCUUCUAG